AUGGUUGACGCCGCCUACCGCAUUCCUGGGACGAGCAUGGCCUACAUUUGGUCUGGCACCAACUACAUCAAAGUCAACUUUACCCCUGGUAAGGUCGACAGUGUGCUGAGAGACACAGCCUCUAUUCGCUCUACGUGGAAGUCCCUUAAUAAAGCGGGAUUUGGCACUGUUGAUGCCGUGGUACCAGUACCAGACACCGAGAGCAGCAUUUAUGUCUUCUCUGGAGCCAAAUACCUCCGACUGAAACUAGAUCUUAACACAUGGGAGGAUACCUUGGAAUAUGGUGAACCCAGCCUUAUAGUGUCGAGCUGGAAGUCCCUGAAAAAGGUUGGUUUUGAUAGAGUGGACGCGGCAAUGGUUGUCCCAGGGUCAAAGAAAAAUAUAUAUUUCUUCCGGGGUUUGGAAUGGGUAGAUGUGAGCGUGGACGAUACGAUCAUCUCGCAGGGCACAAUUGCCGAGUCAUGGCCAUCUCUCGUUCAAGCUGGCUUCGACACAGUUGACGCGAUUCUUCCAAACAAUGAUGAUACCUAUUACUUUUUCUCCGGGGAUCAGUUCGCACGAAUUAAGAUGCCCAAAGACGAGGACACCCUGGUUUCGAAACCGGAGUCCAUCAGUUCGAGAAAUACACUUAAGCACUGGGUCUAG